AUGAACAGUGGCGAAACAGAUGAGAUAUUUGAGAGCGGGUUCAGUAGAUCGAGCCUUGCCCUUUCGGAACCCAGCUACGAGCCCGUCACUUUUGCUGAACUAAACGGUACCAGCUAUGAGGGCAGCAAACACAGAGACAGUACUCGACCACAGGAACGUGUCCAAGACGACGACACUGCCACGCGGUCAAUCCUGGACUGGGCAAGCACCAACGCCAACACGCCCACUGCAAACACCGCACAGCCAAUCACUCAGGUCUACGACCGCAAGAACCAGCUGACCUCGCUGGUGCAGAACGCACAGAUGAACGAGGGAGCACUUGCUGCCCGUAACGAACAACUACAGCAGGCCAAGCGGACCUCGAGACGCCGCUACGGCUGGUGA